GCGGUGCACCCUGGGAGGGAGGCGCGAGCCCCCGCCAUAUUGGACGAGAGCGAGGGGAGCAAGGGGAGAGAUCGGUGCGUGCGGGUCCCUCACUCUCCUGCUCACUCUCCUCCUCUUCGUCGUCGCUCUCUCCCGUCUCCCGCUCUCUCUCGGAGCACGCGCGCGCCAUGAGUCCCGCCGACACGAAGCGCACCAAACGGAGGAAGAACAGGAGGGGCGGCGGCGGCGGGACCAGCGGCGGCGGCGGUGGCACCAAGGCGCUGAGCCGUCAACAGAAAAUGUCGCCCGCGACGAGCGGAGGAGGCAGCAGCAGUAGCAGCGCGAGCGGCGAGGUUCCCUUUUCCUUUAGCCCGCUGCGACCUUCAUUCCCUGGGAGUUGGCGCUGUCUGCUGUGCCGGUGCGAAACUCCGAGCAUGCUGCAGGCCUCUGCCGGGGAGACCAACGGUUUGGCGCCUGGCGCUGGUGGAGGUACCAACCCAAUGCAGCUCGGCCUCGCGGCAUGUGCCGCUGGGACCAAUGGACAGAGCUCCGCACAGACAAACUCUGAAGGAAAUAGCGUGAACGGUGCGCCGAGUCCCGGGGCGCCAAACCCGCCGCAGCCAAGUUUUGUCGGAGCCCUCAACGCGUCUUGCAGCCCGCCCUCUCCCAUGCAGAAUAGCGCGACGCCGGAGAGCACCACUCUCUUCCCGUCUCCGCUCUGGGUGUGCCAUGACUGUCGGAGGAACUUUGAGGAGCAGCAUCUCCGAGGAAAUUUUCAGCCCACGUCUCAGACGGUGGACGCUGUUCAGAAACCACCCGUUGCCCUGGAUGCGGUGGCGAAUGGUGGUAAAACAGAAAGCGUGCUCCCGGUCCAGCCCCCAGCCGAACUCACCACUGUCCCAGGCCUCAUCUGCAACUGUGAAUCGUGCAGGGAGCGCAGGGAGAUAGUGGGCGAGAGUGGGCGGGACGCACAGCUGCUGCAGAAGUACUGGACAGAAGUGCGGCACCUGGUGCGGUGCAUCUACUGUCGGGCGGGGACGCCGCUGGCCGAGGAGCAGGGCACCGCGCCCGACGUGGAGAGCGUGAAGGAAAUGGUAGACAGGCUGUGCAAGGUUGACCCCUACCAGCUCUACCAGAGGCUGGAGUCGCAGGCGCGCGAGUACGUACUGGAGGUGAAGCUACGUCUGGUGAAGCAGCUGACGUCGGCGCCACUGAGCGCGGCGCACGCGUGCCACCUGCUGUCGUUGCUGCUGGACGAGUACGGCGCGCUGUGCCAGGCUGCGCGCACCAUCGCCACCUUCCUCGUCACGCUGGAGAAGGAGCAUUUGAAGAAGUUUGAGGUGACGUGGGAGCUCCACAACAUGCACCUCUUCCACAAGAUGGUUUACUUUGCGCCUCUCAUCCAAAGGGACCUCUCGACCCUGCUCAAUCUGCUCAAAUCACAAGAUGAGCCCCAGGAUGAAGCGACGGUGGAGCUGCUGGGACGCAUGCGGUGCUUCGAGGAGGGCAUGGUGUGCAUUGCCGCGCAGUGGAACGACUGUCAGAAGCGCAUUGACGAUUACGUGGAUGAGCAGGUUGCCUUGAAAAGAAAGCAAAAGGCACAGAAGGAGGACUGGGAGCUCUAUAAGCAGAGGAAGCUCAUUGAGCAGCAGCUGAUGAACAGCAAGAAGUGUGAGCUGGCUGAGGGGAACGUGUCGGAGGCGGUCGCACAGCUCCUCUCGACCUCGCACCUCAACCUGGGAGACUGCCCAAACUGCAACUACCGACAGCGGUGCACGUGCGACCAGUGCAGCAUUUCGCACAUGCUCACCUGCGGGCUCAUGGAGCCCACGCUGCCAGAUAGCCUGCACCUCAACUCCCUGGCGCUGCCGAGCGGCACGGCAAGGGAAUACCUGUCGGAGAUUCACGCCCCCAGCAUCUCCUCCUCCAGCUCCGACUGCGACUCGGGGCCCAGCACUCCACCCCUCACGCGGCAGCAUCCCGACGCCAACUUCACCGAGCUGUACGAGCCAAGCGCACGGCGCCCUCGCCGAGAUGAGGCUGAGGUGGCAGGACUCCCUGACAGUCUGGCGGACGUCUACGCGCUGUGCAGCUACCCAGACUCGGGGGUGGAGCUGGGCACCGGCAGCCUCCACACCGUCCUCAAUGGUGCCGGGGAGAACCUCGCUUCCAAAGACGAGCAUUCUGGGAAGAGUAGCAGCUGCAGCAGCACCUCCGAGGAGGAGGACGAGGAGGACGAGGAGGACGAAGACGAGGAUGAGGGAGAGUUCUCGCCAGACGUCGGCGAGUACGGAGCCAGUCAGUUGUCGGUCCCGGAUGAGUACCCGGGGGGGGGCCCGUUGCACGGCGCCAGCGGCGGGCUCCCCGUGGCCUUCGCGCAGCACAAGGACGGCCAGGAGCUCUUCACAGUCGGGUUUCCCGGUCGCGAGGCAGGGGAGGGAGUGCCUGCGAGCUGCGAGUGUCACUUCUGUAAACAGGUGGGGGGCUUGGCUCCUGCGUUGCCCUCAGGAGCCCUGCCAGGCGGCCAGCAGCUACUCCUGGCUGACAAGUUACCGCAUCACCCCACGCUGCAGCUGUACCCCCACAUACACGGGCAGCUGCCCCUGCAUCCCAGCCCCUCUCCCCUCGCCCACAUUUCCCACCUCAACCCCUUCCUGCCGCAUCCUGUGUACCCGGCACCGCCCGUGCCACCAGCCUCAGCCCUUGCUGCCGUGUACCCACCAUCUCAAGCCAGCAGCUCCGCUCUCUAUUCAGCAACCUCGGCCUCCAACAAGUGCUUGCUCAACCUCAGCGCGCCGGCCUUCCCUCAGAGCUGCAAGCACCAGGGCUUGCGGCUGGGGCUGGAGGGGGCGGCCGUGGUGGAGCCGGCCGCCGGCGCCACCGCCGCCCCGUACCCCGUGGCCACGAGCAGCGAGUGGAGCACGGAGCUGCUGGCGGCUCACAGGUACACGGGCAGCUGGGCCUCGGAGCUGCUCGCGGGGACCCUCGGAGUGCUGCCAGACACAGGGCAUGCUGCGACCGACUGCAAGGCGCCCAGUGAGAAGAAUAACAACCCCUUUACACACGGCACACAACCGUCACACGCACAAGGCCAGCAGCACCUAGACCUGGCAUCCUACUCGAGCAAUGCUCACCAUACCAUUCUCCCAGCCAAACCAGCCCCCCUGCAGCAGCCCAAUGGACAUGCCCAUAAAGGCUCUGUCAGAAGCAGCCCUGUUGGUAUCUCCAGCUCAUCCCCUUUCCAGCAAGGCCCUCUGUCAAGUAACCCCCCAGCGACGCACUUGGGUCACCCGCAGACCACCCCCACGUCCUGCGCAGCGAAAGCGGCACCGUGCUCGAAGCCACCGUCUCCCGUGGCGCCAGCGAGCCAGUCCAAGUCUCUCUCGGCCUCUCCCUUCGCAAAGCCGCCCCCUCCCUCCAGCGGCUUUCCCAAGUCCGUCUCGCCUGCACCCUUCCCCAAAACGGCAGCUUCGCCGGCGUUCCCCAAGCAGGCGCCCGCGGCCCCCGGCUUUGUGAGCCAUCACCUGGGGGGGGCGUGCCCUUCGGGGAAGGCCCCCGGGGGACACGUGGAGGCGCUGCACGGCGUCGCCAGCGCGUGCAGCGAGGGAAACUGCGUUGGCUGCUCGGAUGGGAACACGUACGGCACCGAGGAGUCCCAGGAUGAAGAUAGCUGCUCCGAUGAAAGCUCCAGUACCUCUACCUCCACUUCCCAGCGGGACGGGAAGUACUGCGACUGCUGCUACUGCGAGUUCUUUGGCCACGGAGGGCCCCCGGUUGCCCCGACCAGCAAGAACUACGCGGAGAUGCGGGAGAAGCUUCGGCUGCGCCUCACCAAGCGCAAGGAAGACCCGCCCCGCCGGGAGCCCCCCCCGCCCCCCAAGAAGGAGGCCGACACUCGCAAGGUGGAGGAGCUGCUAAGCUUCAUCAACAGCAGCGAGCCCAAGCCCGGCAACACGGCGCGUGCUGCUAAGCGCGCCCGCCACAAGCAGCGCAAGAUGGAAGAACGAGCCAAGCAAGAGACGGAGCUGAAGGAGCGUGGGGAUCAGGAGCAGCUGCAGCAGGAGGCUGUGGUGGAGGAGGAUGCCCAGCAGAGAAGAAGCACACUUCAGCGCACAGAGAGCAAGCUCGGCGUGGGACAGCCAGAGCCCGCCAGGCUCCCCGGCACGAGCAGGCCUCCCUCACACUUCAGCACAGAGAGGCCCGCCAGGCCGCCCGUCGUUCAAGCGGACUUGCUGCUUCAGAACUGCACUCUGGCUAGCACAGUUAGCAACAUGCACGCAGCUCAGGCUACUAAAUUUACUCAUUCGGCGUCCACCGGUGGCUUGUCCGAGUCCAAAGAUGCGCGGUCAACUACAGCAAUUAGAAAGGCAGACCCAUCGCUGGCCCCUAGCUAUGAGAAGAACAGCAGCGGUGCGUCAGUGAUAAAGACUUCAGAUGCGGAACCUCAGACUUUUUUAGAAUCCGUCAAAAGAUGCACGUUCGCACACGAGGAGAGAGCACGUGGUACUCACGAUCAAAAACCUGCGGAGUUGGGAAAGCGACAGCACAAGCAGAAUGCAGUGGAGUCAAAACAAGAAACCGUAAAUAAACAUAAUCUGGCAUCUGACCACAGAAGAGUUCAAAGGGAAAUGAACUGCACAAAGAUAUCCGAUUCUACAUUGGUAGGAGAACCGUCUUGUACGUUACAGAAGCACGACGUUCACCAUCGGGAGCAGCAGGUUUCUCCGCCUGCGGUGCCUGAUCAUCCCAAAGUCAAAAGGUCUGAACUCCCUCCAUUAAGAGGCAAGCCGGCUGCUGACACGCCGCAGCUGAAGGGAAGAGCAGUUGAAUGCCCCGUCGCGAAGAGCGCGUGUCAGCACGCGAGCUACUCCAUGCCAGAUGCUCUGCAGCCCAAGGGCAAGGCCUCGGAGCUCCAUGCCAAAUCAAAGGGGGCAGCAGAGGUGCAGCGCAGCAAGGGAACAGAGCCCCUAGUUUGUCAACAAAAUGGCAAAGUGACUGACUCCCACGUGGCUGUGCAAAACAAUGAAAAGUUUGCACUCGCAUCAUUGCAGACCAAUGAAAAACUUGAAUCGACCGCGCGCAAAGCAAGUGGCACGUCAGAGAACGGAUCGCAGAAGAGCGGCAACACGGCAGGCGUUGCGCAAGGACUGAAUGGCAAGAUGGAAAACGCACCCCUGCAGACUUACAACAAGAUAGAGCAGCACGCUCCCUGCAAGGCGAGCGGCCAAGAAGGGCCGCGCGGGCCGCACUGCGAGCCCCAGCCGCACGGGGCGGACGAGCAGCACACGCCGGAGAUUAAUGGCAAAGCAGACUCCCCUCAGCCCAAGAACAAGAGCAAGAAGAACAAGAAAAAAAAGUCUGAGAGACUCAACCCUUCCAUCGAUGAUGUGUUUCUUCCAAAAGACAUUGAUUUGAAUAAUGGAGACCUGGACGAAACCGAGCGAGAGGUGGAGCGAUUUAAAAGGUUCUGCAUGGAUUCUGCUCGACAAAACCGCCAGAAGCUCACUGUCAACUGGUCGAACUUCAACUUGAAGAAGUCUGGGUUUGCUGCUCACUGAACAGGGGUGGAGGAGGAGGAGAGAUGGUGGCGCAGGCUUGGGCAGGGCCGCCCCACCCAGCCCAGCUGUCCAUUGGCUGUGGACCAGCCGGCACUCCCUGCGCGCGUGGGUCAUUAAAUGUCUCCGGGGUUGCGGUGCGUUGCAGAUCUGCGUUAUGAUUUGACUUGAGCUCUGCCAGCUGCUGUAAAAAAAACCAUACUGUAAGUUGUGCUGUUCUUGAAACUGCUUUAACUCUAUGCACAGCUGGCCUCUAUGCAGUGCAGGGUAGGAGGUGUUUUAGGUCAGUGCUUUUUCAGGGAGCCAGAGGGAGGGUGUUGCCUUCUGGAAGGGUGUGUCCUACUUCAUUCGCUGAAAGCUGUAACGUUGCUAGGAUGCAGACAAUAAACGCCUUGCUCGUUACUCCGUAUUUGAUAGCUUAUUGCUUGAGCACCUUCUUUCUUUGAAACGAUGCCUGAAAGUGUGAAUCGUACUAACUCAAUGUUUCUAUUCGCUGCUUUGUUAGGGCUGCUUUUACUUGAGUGAAGUUGAAGGGUCCUCAUGGGGGCGCUCUCCUAGCCUGCCUGUGGCCUUGGACGUGUGUGUAAACCGUGUGUAAAUCAUUUGAGCUGUCGUAGUGUUAUAACAUUUAGUAGGUUGCAGCAUACAAAAUACUAAACCUUAAAAAGAUCCAUAUAGUAUGUUAUUGGAUACUUUUUUUAAAGAUAUUGUACAAAUUAUUGUAAUGUCUUUCGUUUUUGAAAGGAAAUACAGUAUAGUUAUAAUGAG